AUGGUCGUCGGUUGGGGCGCAAUUCUCGACCAACAGGUCGAGGCGCAGAUCAACGGCAACGGCCUCGAGUUCAAGGGGAGGAUCCAAGUGUAUUCGGUUACCCGUGAUGACGAAUAUCUCGCUAUCAUCGAUUUACAGACUUCCGAUGAAAUUGAUACCCAUGCCCCCGAGCGUUUGCAGAUGGGAGCGAGAUUCGACGUCAGAUGGUACACUCCUGAUGCCCCUGUUCUCCCGUCUGGUGUUGUUAUGGACCUAGAGUCUUAUCCAGAUCUUCCUCCAGAUCUUCCUCCAGGUCUUUCUCCAGACCCUUCCGUGGAUAGAUGGUCAGCAACCGUCGUUUCAGCAGCCUCGUUCUGCCCGGUAAACUGCUGGAUGGUGAUCUUGCGUCGUCCUUCCGAGGAGACUCCGGGUGCCACCCAGCCCCGUGUGAUCACCCUUCCUCACGAUCAGACUAGCUUCACGGAGAAGAACGUCGAGUCAGAAGACUGGGAUGUCAUCAGUUACCAACUUCACCUGGGCACGAAACUUUACGACCGCUUCCUCAGUGUCAACAGAAAUUUGGUGGUCAAACCGGUCAACAAGCUCAUAAUGGACACACUGCUUGGCACCAACCCGAGCCUCCUGCCAAUCAGAAACGCCUUGACAGGAAUCCCCCAAAAGCACAUACAGCGAGUGCUAGAGAAAAUGCUCGUUUCCGAUGACAUGACCCUGCUCCUUGCAAACGUGAGCGCGAUGCAUGGUCCGCUGUACACUGUCGAAGGUCCCGUUGGCACUGGCAAAACCCAUGCAAUGUUAGCACUCGCCAUUAUGGACCUAGGUGGCGCUAACUUCAAGUACCCUGUGCACAGUCAAGACUUCAUCCAGGGCGAAUGGUGCUCACUGUUCACCAAUUGGCACAAAUCCAACCAGGGAGAAACCGAACCCAUCAAUGUGUACAACGAAAACACAAAGGAUUCUACCUUGUCGCUUCCGCUCGUACUUUAA